GCGCCGCCAGCACAGUCGUUAGCCGCUCCGCGCACUCUUCUUGCUGCCGCCGUUGCCUGCGCCGCGCCCGACCGAGAGGACCGCCGGACAGAGGCGAGCCAGGGGCGUCGCUUCAGCAGCUGCACCGUCUGGGGAAAAAAACCCAUUCGCUUAUUCCUUUCUUUCCUUUUAUUUCUUGCCGGCUGAAAUGCCUCGCGGAGACCGGGAGAGCGAUUGGGUGAGUGAGAGGGAAAAGGAGCAAUUCCGCAAACUAUUCAUUGGUGGCUUGAGUUUUGAAACAACAGAAGAAAGUUUGAGAAACUAUUAUGAGCAAUGGGGAAAAUUAACAGAUUGUGUGGUAAUGAGAGAUCCUGCAAGCAAACGCUCACGAGGAUUUGGUUUUGUGACAUUUUCAUCUAUGGCUGAAGUUGACGCAGCAAUGGCUGCCAGGCCUCAUUCAAUUGAUGGAAGAGUAGUUGAACCAAAAAGAGCUGUAGCCAGAGAGGAAUCUGGGAAACCUGGAGCUCAUGUUACUGUAAAAAAAUUAUUUGUUGGUGGAAUUAAAGAAGACACUGAAGAACAUCACCUCAGAGACUACUUCUCAGAAUAUGGAAAAAUUGACACAAUUGAAAUAAUUACAGAUAGACAAUCUGGCAAAAAGAGAGGCUUUGGAUUUGUAACUUUUGAUGACCAUGAUCCUGUGGAUAAAAUUGUGUUGCAGAAAUACCAUACAAUCAACGGACAUAAUGCAGAAGUAAGAAAAGCUUUAUCAAGGCAAGAAAUGCAAGAAGUUCAGAGCUCAAGGAGUGGAAGGGGAGGUAAUUUUGGCUUUGGAGACUCACGUGGAGGUGGUGGAAACUUUGGUCCAGGACCAGGAAGUAACUUCAGAGGUGGAUCUGAUGGCUAUGGAGGUGGUCGUGGAUUUGGUGAUGGAUACAAUGGAUAUGGUGGGGGACCAGGAGGUGGCAAUUUUGGAGGCAGUCCUGGUUAUGGAGGAGGAAGAGGUGGAUAUGGUGGAGGAGGACCUGGGUAUGGCAACCAGGGUGGGGGCUACGGAGGUGGCUAUGACAACUAUGGAGGAGGCAAUUAUGGAGGUGGAAAUUACAAUGACUUUGGAAACUACAACCAACAGCCUUCAAACUAUGGUCCAAUGAAGAGUGGAAAUUUUGGUGGAAGCAGGAACAUGGGAGGACCAUAUGGUGGAGGAAACUAUGGUCCUGGAGGAAGUGGAGGAAGUGGGGGAUAUGGAGGGAGGAGUCGUUAUUGAACCUCUGUAAGCUUUUCAUGGGCUUCACUGUAUAAAUAGGAGAGGAUGAGCCCAGAGGUAACAGAACAGCUUCAGGUUUUCGAAAUAACUUUGUUAAGGAAACACUUAUCUCAGUCAUGCAUAAAUAUGCAGUGAUAUGGCAGAAGACACCAGAGCAGAUGCAGAGAGCCAUUUUGUGAAUGGAUUGGAUUAUUUAAUACCAUACCUUACUGUGGAGGAAGGAUUGUAAAAAUGCCUUUGAGACAGUUUCUUAGCUUUUUAAUUGUUGUUUCUUUUUAGUGGUCUUUGUAAGAGUGUAGAAGCAUUCCUUUGAUAAUGUUAAAUUUGUAAGUUUCAGGUGACAUGUGAAACCUUUUUUAAAAAAAAAUUCUCAAAGUUUUGAAAAGCUAUUAGCCAGGAUCAUGGUGUAAUAAGACAUAACGUUUUCCUUUUAAAAAUUUAAGUGCGUGUGUAGAGUUAAGAAGCUGUUGUACAUUUAUGAUUUAAUAAAAUAAUUCUAAAGGAAA